AUCCAUGUGCCAUGCAAUGAUUUUCAGUACAGGCAGAGGUAUGAGUUUGUGAUUGUUCAUGCUUGUAUCACAUGCAUGCUAUUAGUGUUAUACUAGUAAACAAAUUUAUAACAAAAUGUUACGAAACGGCAUUAAACGGGACUCGAAGACGACUUCUCUAAAUGUAGCCUAUGAUGGUAGGUCCAAAAGAAAGAAAACUCCAAAGAAAGGCCCAUUACCAGCAGUGGAAGCGAAAAGCACGGGCAAAGAUCGCGCUGAAGAAAUACUAGAACAGCUCGUGUUUGGAGCAGAUGAAGACCUUAUCGAUAAUCUUUUGCAGAAAGACGAUUCUGCUGUUGAAAGUGAUGAAGAUCGUCACGGCCGAAGACAGCGAAGAUGAGUUGCUUCAUCAUACUGGCAGCUACGUAACCAUGUCAGAUAGCCUACCGAAUGGUGUAAUACAGAUGGCAAAGUGCAGAAAUGUCAAUUAUGAGGAUCGCACUGCGAGUGGAAAACUAAGGAGUGUAGAGUUUCAUCCUUCAGCUCAAGUGGUUCUUACAGCUGGUGUGGACCAGAGGGCAAGGCUAUUUCAGGUUGAUGGGAAAUAUAAUCCAAAGAUCGAGAGCAUCUACUUUGAAAAGUUCCCAAUACACACAGCUCACUUUAGCAGAAAUGGAGAAGAGAUAAUCGUGAGCUCCAAAUUUGGCCAUUUCUACUAUUAUAAUAUGAUUGCUGGAAAAAUCAUCAAAGUUCCAUGGAACAAAGCCACAGAGCAAGCCGAGUUAAAAAGAUUUGAAUUGUCACCAGAUGGCAGUACAAUUGUUUUCUAUGGAAACUAUGGUAGAAUGCACAUUCUCAGUGCAAAGACAAAAGAGUUGAUAUCCACACUAAAAAUGAAUGGCAGCGUAGAUGCUAUCUCAUUCAGUAGUGAUGGAAGGCAGAUGUUCUCUCACGGAGAUGAUGGUCAGGUUUACAUGUGGGACAUGGGUUCACGGUCUUGCACUCACAAAUUCUAUGAUGAAGGCUGUAUUAAAGGCACGUCUGUGGCGUGUUCUCCUAACGGCCAGUACAUUGCGUGUGGGUCUAGCAGUGGAGUGGUAAAUGUGUACGAUGCUGUGACCUGUGUGACCUCUCACUCCCCGGCACCUCUCAAGGUCGUUCUCAACAUGACCACGCCUGUCACCGACCUACGCUUCAACUGCACCUCUGAGAUACUGGCCAUGCUGUCACGAGAAAAGGAGCAGGCAGUUAAAUUGGUGCAUUUUCCAUCGAUGUCAGUGUUCUCUAACUUUCCGGGCGUACGAGAAAAGGAUAUGAGGAUACCACUGUGCCAAGACUUUUCCCUGAACAGUGGCUACUACACCAUAGGAGAUCACAAGGGCCACGCAUUUCUCUACAGACUGAAGCACUACAGUAAUUACUGAUGUGACAAAUAAGUGUUAGUACUCCGGUAUUGACAACAUUGAGACACAAAAGUUUAUUAAUUAAGUGUACAGUGACAGAGUUUGAUGGAUAUAUCAAAUUAUGACAAAGUUUGUAAUUGUCCCAAAGGGGAAUCACAUGUGUUUUAAAAUAAAAAUGUUUUACAUGUUAAAUGUGUAUUACAUAUAAUAUAUGUA